AUGAGUAUUUUUAACGAUGACCACAAUAACCAUAGUGUGAAAGAAGAUUAAAAGCUCUUGCUUUCCCAUCACCAAAUUGAUCCUUCUUUAAUUGAUUAGAAGAAGAGUCAUAACCAUUUGAUUUAAUUCAAAGUAUACAACUAUAGGUACAUAAACUUAGCUGUUUUUAUCAUUAGUGCUCUUGCCAAUAAUUUAAUUGUAUAGACAACAACUCCUAUUGUUAAUAUCUUGAAUACGAUAUAUCCUAGUUAUAGUAAGUAAGUCAUAUCUCUAUGUGCACUCGUUUUCUACGUUUCCCAUCCUCCUAUGGCUUUUGUCAGCAACUACAUCAUUGAAUAAAAAGGAUUAAAGUUUGGUAUUACUUUUGGUGCUAUUUUGAUGAUUAUUGGAACAGGAUUGAGAUGCUUAGUAAAUCAAGGUUUCUUCUUUGUUAUUAUUGGAUAAUUCAUUAAUGCUGUUGGAAAUUGCUUCAUCACUAACUCACCUGCUAAAGUAGCAGCAAAUUGGUUCUAUCCCAAAGAUAGACCUGCAGUUACUGCUAUUGGAACUUUUGCCGUCUUAGCUUCUGGAGCAUUAGGUAUCGUUAUUCCCUCAAUUUUUGUCAGUGAAUCAAAUAACACAGAAAGUGAUGUCUUUAACCUUAUGCUUGCUGAAUUCAUUAUUGUAGCUGCUAUCAUGGUCUUGAACAUUUUCUUUUUCAGAGCUGAACCACCUACUCCUCCUAGUUAUGGUGCUAUGCAAAAGAAGGAAAAUUUUAAGCAAUCAAUCAAGAGUUUAUUCACUAAUGUAAAUUAUUUGCUCCUCUUAGGUUUCCUCACCUUAGUUUUGGGUACUGUCAACUCUUAUUUUGUUACUAUCAGUUUACUCAUAGCUCCUUUUGGUCACACUGCUCUUGAUGCAAGUUUGUUGAGUGUUUUUUCUACAGCCUUUGGAUUCUUCGGAAGUAUCGCAGGUGCUAUUGUUUUGAAGAUUACAAGAAAAUAUAAGCCUAUUAUGUUCAUAGGAACUUUAGUAGCUUCAAUUAUGCUUCUUGUUAAUUUAGCCCUUCUCACUUAGUCAGGAGAUGGAUUUAAGUGGACUGCUUUUGUUGUAUCUGGUUUAUCAGCUUUCUUCUGUUAUCCUGUUUUCUCAACAGUCCUCGAAUUCGGUUGUGAAAUAGCCUUCCCCGUUGGUGAAGCAAGUAUUGCAGGUUAUUUAUUGGCAGGAAGUUAAAUUUUCGGCUUUUUCCUUGGUUUGAUUAUGACUGAUGUUAUUGAUGGUAAAUCACAAGAAAGAAGUUAUAUUGGUGGUAUUGUAUAUUUAGGUCUUGUAUUCUUGAGUCUUAUUCCUCUUUCAUUCACCAAGUAAGAUUUGAGAAGAUCUUAAAAGGAAAUCGAAGGAACUCUUAUCAACAACCCCAUUCCUUCAGAAGAACUUGCAAAAGAAAUUAAAGAAAACUAUGUCAUCGAUAAUAAUACAAGCAAAAUUAUACAAGAAGAAAUUAAACACUUUUAGAGUUAAUGCUGA